GAGGGAGGGCUGAGCAGCGCGAGUAGGAGGAGGACGGUGCGUUGUUCUCGUGUGAUGGUGGUAAUUUCAUGUGGAUGAAAAAAGCGACCGAAGCAGCGAGCUCCUCAUUCUCUUCAACGGAUUGUAUCCAUUGCCUCCCCGCAACAUGUGCACGCCGUGUUGUAUCUCGCAGCUGGCCUGCUGCUGCGGCACAGCGGCCUGCUCGUGCUGCUGUGGCUGCUGCCCCCAGAUCAAACAGUCCACAAGCACCCGAAUCAUGUAUGCUCUCUACUUCCUGCUGGUCACCGCUGUCUGUGUCAUCAUGAUGUCCCCCACUGUGGAGCAGCAGAUGAGGGACAAUAUCCCCUUCUACAGUGAGAUGUGUGAGAAGAUGAAUGCAGGGGAGAACUGCAAAACCCUGGUUGGCUACUCUGCCGUCUACAAGGUGUGCUUCGGCAUGGCCUGCUUCUUCUUUUUGUUCGCCAUCUUCACCAUACGCAUUAACAACAGUACAGGCUGCAGGGCGGCCGUGCAUAACGGGUUCUGGUUGCUGAAGUUUAUUGUGCUGGUGGCAUGCUGCGCUGGAGCUUUCUUCAUCCCGGAAGAGGAAAUCUUUCUGGAAGUGUGGCGCUACAUAGCAGCAACUGGCGGCUUCUUUUUCCUGCUGAUCCAGCUCAGGCUGCUGGUGGAGUUUGCACACCGAUGGAACACAAACUGGAGUUCAGGGGUGGAGUAUAAUCGUCUGUGGUACGCGGCUUUGGCCUUCGUAACCCUGAUGCUGUUCAGUGGUGCGGUAGCAGCCUUGGUCUUCAUGGGUGUGUUCUACACCGACCCCGAGGCCUGUUUACUUAACAAGAUCUUCCUGGGCAUCAACGGCAGCCUGUGCCUCAUUGUCUCCCUGUUGGCCAUCUCCCCAUGCAUACAGAAACUGCAGCCCACAACCAGCCUGCUGCAGCCAGGAGUCAUCAGUGUGUACGUCAUGUACCUCACCUUCUCAGCCUUCACCAGCAAACCAAAAGAAUUUGUGGAAAGAAACGGUGUGAACACCACCGUUUGUGUGUUUUUCUUCAACUCUGAGACGGAAAGCGACAAGAAGAUUGUCACUGGUUUUGGAACCGUUAUCCUUUUUGUCUGCAUCCUUUACUCUUGCCUGACGUCCACCACUAGGCGAAGCUCUGCAGCGCUCCGAGUGUGUAGGAACAGUGAGCCAGCGACUGAGAGAGCUCGCUGCUGUUUCUGUUUUGGAGAUGACACAGAUGAGUACGAUGAGAAGCAUGGUGGAGGCCAAAACGUGAUGUAUGAUGAGAGAGAAGGAACCAUCUACAGCUACUCUUACUUCCAUUCAGUCUUCUUCCUGGGAUCCCUGUAUGUCAUGAUGACCGUCACCAACUGGUUCCAUUAUGAUGGCCAUAAGAUUGAGAAGCUGUUAGACGGAAGCUGGUCAGUGUUCUGGAUCAAGAUGGUCUCCUGCUGGGUCUGUCUCGUCCUCUACAUUGGGACCCUUGUCGCUCCCAUACUCUGCCCUAAGCGCUUUAUGGCUUAAGAGCCCCACUCCUAAACUAGAGUCAGGCUACUUUGAUUCUUGGGACGCGGCCAGGCAGACGCUCUCACGCUGAGCCAAGGGACAACCACCCCUUCCUCUUCCCUUGAAACACAACCUUACACUACCCUCAGUGUUCAAAAUGGAGGAUUAUCUGUUGCCUUUUGUUUUGUAUGCUAGUGUUUUACUUUGUUUUACAAUGUUAAUACCUUGAUGGUAAAUGUCAUCUUUUACGACCACUUACUCAUGGAGUUUUGUAUUACUUAUUGAUUUGAAGUACAUAGAGAAUCAUGGGAGUUGAGUUGAAUUGUGAAACACGAGAAUCAUCCAGCCCUUAUAGAUUCCUUCAUAAUUUUAGAUUUGAAAGUGUAUUUUGUCAAUUUUGCCUGUGUGUCCGUUUUUCUUUACACUUUUACUCUCAGCCAGACCUUUCAGUUAUGUACAGUUGGACCACAAAGUUGUUGCAAAGUUUUGGGACAAAUGUAUUUCCGUUUAGAAAUGUUGCAAGAGAAAAUGUAUUUAUUUAAGUGCUUCUUAAGUAAUCAGAAAUCAUUUUGUGAAGGAAUGUGGUGUGAAUUGAAUUGGAUUUGUCCCUGGCUCUGUUUAAGAACUCAUCUCUCAGGCUCACAUGUAGGCUGUGUAUGUUUGUGCUUUUUUAUAUUGCUCCCUUUUGUAUAAGUUUUCUAUGCAACGGAAAAAGCCCUUUUUCGAUAUUAUACCCAGUGUUGUGAAGUUUCCACUUAGAUUACAAGGAUGUUCCAGAUUUUAUUAAUGUCAGUGCUCCCUUUGAGCCACAGCUUUUCUUAGGAAAGUCCAUGUCAUCUGUACAACAUGUCCAGCCAAGUUGUUGUACAGGGCAGUGCUCUUCAAAUCAACCUGCCUUACGUAAGAGUGAUGUUAGUGUCGCUGUCGCCUCUCUGGAAGAGCUGCAGUGUCACAGAUGAGGAAUGUUAGCCAAAGGUAGAUGUCAGAAAACAACAAACUGUUUGGUCAGAAACAGAAAUGUAUAACUGAGAACAUCAAGUAUUUGCAUGCAUAAAAACACUUAAGUCAGCUGUUUUCUGUACAGUUAUAAAGGCUUUUGUUACAAUUGUCAGCUUAUAAUGGUGGUCAGAAUAAGGUAGCAUGAUUGCUUUUAUUAAUUAGCAAGUUAUUCAACACUAGACAGAGUUUACGACCGAAUAUAAAAAUGUACACAAAAACCGCCACCUGUUUUUCUGUGUAACACAUUUUCUUGUAUUGUACUGAAAUUAGAAUUUGUGAACUGCAAGUAAUUUGUUUCUCAUUCAUCAAUAAAUCAGUAUGUCUGAUUGUAUUACAUGUUCUAUGUACAUUUUGGCUUAAGUCCUGUGAUCUGUGGAUUCAUUCAUUCAGCUUAUGUUUUAUAUACUGUACAUGCAAAUUUUGUCAGGUUUUGGAAACAUUUCUGCAUUUUAACUUUUGGUAUGAAUGUAGAAAUGUAAUGGUGCUCUACAGCUUUGAUAUGACUCUAAACUAAUUCCUAAAUUGGAUGGCAUGACCUACUGUGAAGGCUGUGUAUCAACAUAACAUACAGGAACACUUUUGGACCAAGAAGUAUGUUUGAAUUACAGAGAUGUAGGUGCCAUGCCGUUCAUUGUUCACACAAUUUCAAUUAAACAGCCAUCAAACGCCA